AUGGACAUCCCAGAUUGUCGUCAAUCCGAAAUUAAUCCCAUUGCGCUUCCUGAUACCGCGGUUGCUGAAGUUAAGCAAGGACAAGACAUGUGCUACUGGUGCGGGGGAUUUGGCCAUAUGCAGAACGUCUGCCCCUCCAGGCGAGCUAAACUAGCCCGCACUGCGCGUCCUUACAAGGAUUGGCGUCUCCUUGCGGGUGUCCGAAAGCUCUAUAGUAUCAACGUAUUGUGGCCAACCACUCCUGUUCCUGUUCCUGUUCCUGUUCCUGUUCCUGCUCCUGCUCCUGCUCCGGCUGUUGUUGAAGAGGUUCAGGAUAAUGGAACCACUGGAGAUAACGGCCCUCAAAACUUAGGCGUCCCAAACAUCGAGGUUCAGGAAGAGGUUGAAAUUGCUGUGGUUGAAAAUGGGAUUGAUGUAGAAGUCGGGCAAGCUUUCAUCGGGGAUAACACGCUUGUACCAGCGGUGAUUGAAGACGACCUUGAAACAGUUGCCAUUGCUCAACCAAAUACUGCUACGCAAGUCAUUGCCAACGAAGACUAUGAGUACAACAUUGGUAUUUCCGAAGAAGAGUUAGCCGAGUUCCUGACAAUUGAUACGGAACUUCCACGCGGUCGCAAAAGGCCUCGUGUGACUUGUGAUUUCAGCCAAUCAGUUUGA